AUGGCACCACUAAAGGACAUCACAUCUCUACCCGUGGCAAAAUCCAUCAACUCACAACUCCUCAACAGCUCAGCCGCCGAGUUUCGCAAGUCCCAGCCCUCCACCUCCGGCCAACCGUACGACAAAAUCGUCGUUGGAGCAGCCAUUCUCCAGUACGCAUCCGACUCGGCCCCAAAGAUGCCCCAGAUUCUUCUCCUCAAAAGGACGUCUCAUGAAGCCUAUUUCCCAAACGUCUUUGAGCUGCCUAGCGGGAAAGUCGACCCAGACGACCCAACCCUCAAGCAUGCCCUUUUCCGCGAGGUAAAUGAGGAGACGGGGCUGGGUGUUGCUGAGAUUCUUGCCGAGUUGAAGCCGAUGAUUUAUACGACUGAAAAGACUGUUACGGGUGCUACUGGAGAGAAGGAUGUUAUUUCCAAGAGUGCUAUUCAGCUCAAUUAUGUCGUUUUGGUGUCUCCUGGCGACGUGAAGCUUAACGCUGAUGAGCAUUCCGAAAGCUGUUGGGCCAGUGAGGGAGAGUUGGAUAUGCUGGACAUUACAGAUGCGAUGAGAGUAGUGAUUCGGGAAGCAUUCCAGUGGGCUUCAAGCCAGUGA